AGUGACAGAAAAAAACAUGGCUAACUCAGCUUUGGAGAUUGUCGGCUUUUUGUUGACCUUGAUCGGCCUCGUGGGCACCGCUGCCAGCACCGGUAUGCCCCAAUGGCGAGUCACAGCCUUCAUCGGCGAAAACAUCAUUGUCUUCGAAACCCGCUAUGAGGGACUUUGGAUGAACUGUUUCCGGCAAGCUGACAUCCGAAUGCAGUGCAAAGUGUACGACUCUUUGCUAGCUCUUCCGCCUGAUCUGCAAGCGGCUAGAGGUUUGAUGUGUUGCGCCUUAGCUUUGGGUGGUCUUGGCAUCCUUAUCAGUUUGGUAGGACUUCAGUGCACCUCUUGCAUCCAAAACAAUGAUCGGGCCAAACGGAUGGUCUUGAUCAUUGCUGGGAGUAUGAUACUUUGCGCCUGCAUUUGCGUCCUAAUUCCUGUUUCUUGGACCGGACACGUCAUCAUCCGGGAUUUCUACAACCCUUUGCUAAUUGACGCGCAAAGGAGGGAACUCGGAGAAGCGCUCUACAUAGGGUGGGUUUCUUCUGCGUUUUUGUGUGCCGGAGGUUGCAUGUUCACCUGUUGUAAUGUCAGGUCAGAGAAGGAAGGAUCGGAAAGGUAUUUGUAUUCCAGGAAUUCGGACUACAUCACGUACUCUCCGCAACAGUUGCAGCCACAGCAAUUGGUUUUCCUGCCCCAGCCCCAGCCUCAGCUCCAGCCCCGCACCCAGCCAAUGCUCUCCAGGCACCCUUCAGCCAACUACAGCCACUACAGUCUACAGAGCCACCACAGCAACCACCAACCCUCCAGGUACCCCUCGGUAAGGAGUGGGGUGGCCUACCUAUAGAGAUUUACAAUAAUUUACAAGGUGAACAAUGUAACUUUAUGAUGGAAGGUCCGCAACUUUCUUGUAUCC